UGUCAGCCGGCAGUCACGUGACCCCGCCCCACUUCCGGUCUCCUGCAGUCACGUGACCAGCGGCCUCCUCCACAGCAGAGGAUCCGGGAGACAUCAAGGAGGAUGGAGGGGCCCCCCGGGGGUCAGGUGACCUUGGAGGACGUGGCGGUGUAUUUCUCGGAGGAGGAGUGGUGGAGUCUGGAGGCGUGGCAGAAGGAACUCUACAAGGAGGUCAUGAUGGACAAUAUCCGCAACCUGAGCUCCAUCGAAAAAACUUCCCUGCCAUCUCUGGUCGGCAUCGGGACUCGUGCGGCACAAAACGCUACCGAGAAACCCAAAGAAGUUAGGAUUCAAAAUAUGCAAAUCCAAUCCAAGUCCACCCUGGAAAUCCUCACCGAUUUCACCUUACAGCUUCACGGUCUAAAAACGGGAGAGUCUUGUAAGCGGAGCAAUACUGCGCAGAAUGUCUCGGAGGCGUGCCAUGAACCAACUAAGUCCUGUAAGACCAUGAGGCGCGCUGGCCCAGCUGUUAAGCGUAAGCCAGUGGCGUGCAGCGAACUAAUGGUCAACCCUCAAUCAGUGGUGUGCCCUCAGCUAAUGGGGGGCAGUGAAGUAACUAUCAACCCUAAAUCAGUGGUGUGCCCUCAGUUAAUGGGGGGCAGUGAAGUAACUAUCAACUCUCAACCAGUGGUGUGCCCUCAGCCAAUGGAGUGCAGUAAAGUAACUAUCAACCCUCAACCAGUGGUGUGCCCUCAGCCAAUGGAGUGCAGUGAAGUAACUAUCAACCCUCAACCAGUGGUGUGCCCUCAGCCAAUGGGGGGCAGUGAGCCACCUGUAAGCCCAUGCUGUGAGCCAAUGGAGUGCAGUGAAUGUCCUGUAAGUUCCUGCCCACAGACAGCGAUGCUAAGUAAGCCAACUGAAAGAAUAAGUCCCUGCCCUCAGCCAGUGGCACUAAUUGAGUCGUCUGUGCGCCCUCAGCCAAUGGAGUGCAGUGAGCCGCCUAUAAGUCCCUGCCUUCAGCCAGUGGUGCCAAGUAAGCCAACCGAAGGAAUAAGUCCCUGCCUUCAGCCAGCGGUGUUAAUUGAGCAGACUGUGUGCCCUCAGCCAGUGGAGUGCAGUGAGGCAGAUACAGUGGUGUGCCCCACGCCAGCUGUAUGCCCCACGCCAGCUGAGACCAGUAAGGGAGAGGAGCUCCACAAGCCAAUGGAAAGUAGUGAGCUAGCCAAGGUCAACAAUCAAGCUGAAUGCCCACCACCAGAACAUCCUGAAUUGGAUGGGCACCAUGAGUUAGAGAAGAGCCCAGAGCCAAAAGACUCCCCCGAAACUAAAGAGGCCGACAAACCCAUCACAGAGGAACCAGACUCCGGAGAAAAACUCUAUAUCUGCGCCAGUUGUGGUGAAACUUUUGACGUGUGGAAAUUUCUGGUUCGCCAUUUCAUCAUUCAUGGCGGGAUGAAACCUUACAAGUGCCCAGACUGUGACAAAUCCUUUACUUACCCGUCCAAGCUGGUCACCCACCGGAAAACCCACACCAAGCCCAAGUCUUACUCGUGCCCCAACUGCAACAAGCACUUCACUCACCAAUCCAACCUUCUCAUCCACCAGAAGACUCACUGUGGACAGAAGCCACACGUCUGCCAGGACUGUGGAAAGUCCUUCAUGUACCCCUCUAAGCUACUCACUCACCAGAAAACACAUUCUGGAAAUAAACCUCACCAUUGCACCGACUGCGGUAAAAGCUUCAUCUACCGGUGCAUGCUCCUCUCGCACCAGGAAUCUCACAAUGGCCAGAAACCGUUCCAGUGCUCGGUGUGCGAAAAACGCUUCCCUCGGAAAUCCUCUCUGAUUAUUCACAUGCGGAGGCACACCGGAGAACGCCCCUACCAAUGUCACAUUUGCAGUAGGGGUUUUGUUGAACAUGCCAAGCUGAGGAGGCACAUCAGAGUUCAUACCGGAGAGAAACCUUUCCAGUGCUCCGUCUGCGACAAGAGGUUCAAUGACUCUUCUACUCUGAAGCGUCACAAGCGGAUGCACUUUCCAUUGGCGGAUAACAAACAGAACAUUAUAGAUCCAGCUAGUCAAUACAGGGACAAUUAUGGUCAGCUCGGUUCUUUGGACACCACCCAACACAUGGAACCUCUGGGUGAACCAAGGUUGACAUAUUCACAUAUUGCUCAACCGAUAAAAUCUGAGCCUGAAGACUUGAUGGACAUUAGUUCAUGGCAGGAACCUCACAUGGGGCGCCAACUACACAGUUUAGAGCUGUGCCAACAUCCGGAGCCCCGGAACGAACACCAUCAGAAAUAUUCCGAACCCUGGCAAUACCCGGAAUCCCAAAAUAAAAGACAUGGGGAUUAUUCAGACCUUCGUCAAGAUCUGGAACCUCAAAAUAAACGACAGAUGGAACAUUCAGAACCCUGGCAACACCUGGAAUCCCGAAAUAAACGACAGGUGGACCUCCAUCAAUAUCUGGAACCCCAAAAUGAACACCCGCUAAGAUUUUCACACACAAAAAGUGAGAAUGAAAGAGUAUUCGUCUAUGACGAACGCAUGAAAUCAUCGCAACACUUGGAACCCCAAAUAGAACGACAGGUGGGACAUUCAGUCUUCCAUCAACAUCUGGAACCCCAAAAUAAGCACUCACUAAGAUUUUCAGACUAUGGUCCACACAUAAUUACUGAAAAUAAAGGAGCAUUCGUCUUUGACAAAUAUGUGAAAUCAUCGCAAUAUCCAGAACCUCGAAUAGAACAACAGGUGAAACAUUCAGACCUCCGUCAACAUCCGGAACCCCAAAAUGAGCACCCGCUAAGAUUUUCAGACCUUGGUCCAUACACAAACACUAAGAACAUCUAUGAUAAACACGUGAAAUCGUCGCAACAUCCAAAACCCCUUAAUGAACCACAGGUGACUCGUUCAGACCUCCGUCAACAACUAGAACCCCGAAAUCAACCACAGGUGACACGUUCAGACCUCCGUCAACAACCAGAACCCCGAAAUGAACCACAGGUAAAACGGUCAGAUCUUUGUCCAUAUCCGGAGCUUCAGAAUAAAUGGCAGCUAAAAUUUUCAGACCUCGGUCCUCACAUAAAAACUGAAAACGAAGAGGUAUUAGUCUACCAGAAACACCUGAAAUCAGUGCAACAUCUGGAACCCAUAAAUGAACAGCAGGUGAAACUUUCAGACCUCCGUCAACAUCUGGAACCCCGACAUGAAAAACAGAUGAGACAUUCAGACCUUCAUCAACAUCCAGAACCCCGGCUGAAGUUUCCCGACCUUGGUCCACACAUAAAAAAAGAGAAUGAGGAGGUAUUAAUCUAUGACAAACACCUACAAUCACAGAAACAUCCGGAAACCCGAAAUGAACAACAGUGGAAGCAUUCAGACCUCCUUCAACACCUGGAACCCCAGAAAGAACACCAGCUAACAUUUUCAGACCUUGGUCCACAUGUAAAAUCUGAGAACAAAGAGGUAUUGGUCUACGACAAACCUAUAAAGUCACAGCAACAUCCAGAACCCAGAAAUGAAAAACAGGUGAAACAUUCAGACCUCCAUCAACAUUUGGAACUUCAACUUGAACGACAAACAAAACAUUCAGAUCCCCAUCAACAGCUGGAACCCCAAAAUGAAAACAAUGUGCCACACUCUGUCCUCUUUCAACAUCCACAACCCCAGAAUAAACACCAUUUGACAUUUCCAGACUUGGCUCCUCACAUAAAAACUGAGAAUGAAGGGGGAUUAGUCUAUGAUAAACACAUGAAAUCACAGGAACAUCCAGAACCCCGAAAUGAACAACAGGUAAAACAUUCAAAUCUCCAUCAACAUCUGGAACCCCAGAAAGAACACCAGCUGAAAUUUUCAGACCUCAGUCCACACAUAAAAACUGAGAAUGAAAAGGUUGUGGUUUAUGACAAAUGUGUGAAAUCACAGCAACACCCAGAACCCCGUCACGAACAACAGAAUAAACAUUCAGAUCCUCGUCAACGUCUGGAACCCCAAAAUGAACAAAAUAUUCCACAUUCUGUUCCAUUUCAACAACUGGAACCCCAGAACAAACACCUGAAAUUUUCAGACCUCCCUCGACACAUAAAAACUGAGAAUGAAGAGGUACUGGUCUACGAAAAACAUGGAAAAUCGCAGCAACGUCUGGAACCUCAAAAUGAACAUCAGGCGAAACAUUCAGGCCUUGGUCAAUAUCUAGAACCUCAACAUGAACGACAGAUAAAACAUUCAGAUCCCAGUCAACGACUGGGACCCCCAAAUGAAAAAUAUGUGCAACAUUCUGUUCUCUUUCAACAUCCGGAACUCCAGAAUAAACGCCAUUUGAAAUUUUCAGACCUUGGUCCACACAUAAAAACUAAGAACGAAGAGGUAUUGGUCUACGACAAACAGGUGAGAUCGCAGCAACGUCUGGAACCCCGAAAUGAACAGCAGGUGAAGCAUUCAGAUCUCCAUCAUCCGAAACCUCAAAAUGAACAUCAGGUGAAACAUUCAGUAUUCUGUCAAAACCCAGAACCCCAGAAUGAACAUCAACUGAAAUUUCCAGACCUCGGUCCACAAUCCUUGAAGCACCAGAAUGAACACCAGCUGAAAUUUCCAGACCUCGGUCCACAAUCCUUGAAGCACCAGAAUGAACACCAGCUGAAAUUUCCAGACCUCGGUCCACAAUCCUUGAAGCACCAGAAUGAACACCAGCUGAAGUUUCCAGACCUCGGCCCACACAUAAAAACUGAGAAUGAAGAGGUAUUGGUCUAUAACAAACACCUAAAAUCACAGCAACAUCCGGAACCCCAUAAUCAACAAGUGAAGUUCUCAGACCUCCAUCAAUCUUUGAAGCACCAGAAUGAACACCAGCUGAAGUUUCCAGACAUCGGUCUACAAAUAAAAACUGAGAAUGAAGAGGUAUUAGUCUACGACAAACACCUGAAAUCACAGCCACCUCUAGGACCCUGUAAGGAACAGCCUGUGAAAUUUUCAGACCUCCUUCAACAUCAAGAACCCCAAAAUGAAAACCAACGGAAAUUUUCUGAAUUCGCUCCACACGUAAAAACUCAGAACAAAAAGGUAUUGGCCCACGACAAACAAGUGGAAUCACAGCAACAUCCGGAACCCCAAAAUGAACGUCAGGUGAAACAUCCAGAUCCCUGUCAACAUCUGGAACCCCAAAAUGAAAAAAAGGUGCCAUAUUCUGUCUUCUUUGCAAAUCCGGAACCCCAGAAUAAACACCAUUUGAAAGUUUCAGACUUUUCUCCACACAUUAAAACUGAGAAUGAAGAGGCAUUAGUCUAUGACAAACAUGUGAAUUCACAGCAACAUCCAGAACCCCAUAAUCAGCAAGUGAAACUUUCAGACCUCCGUCAACCUCUGAAGCACCAGAAUGAACAACUAAAUUCACAGCCACGUCCGGAUCCCCGUAAGGAACAGCCAGUGAAACAUUCAGACCUCCUCCAACCUCGAGAACCUCAUAAUGAGCACCAGCUGAAAUUCUCCAACCUCGCUCCACAAAUAAAAACUGAGAAUGAAGAGGUAUUAGUCUACGACCAACACCUGAAAUCACAGCCACGUCCGGAACCCCCUAAGGAACAGCCAGUGAAACAAUCAGACCUCCUCCAACAUCGAGAACCUCAUAAUGAGCACCCGCUGAAAUUCUCUGACCUCGCUCCACAAAUAAAAACUGAGAAUGAAGAGGUAUUAGUCUACGACCAACGCCUGAAAUCACAGCCACGUGCGGAACCCCGUAAGGAACAGCCAGUGAAACGUUCAGACCUCCUCCAACAUCGAGAACCUCAUAAUGAGCACCCGCUGAAAUUCUCCGACCUCGCUCCACAAAUAAAAACUGAGAAUGAAGAGGUACCGGUCUACGACAAACACCUGAAAUCACAGCCACGUCCGGAACCCCCUAAGGAACAGCCAGUGAAACGUUCAGACCUCCUUCAACAUCGAGAACCCCAGAAUAAAAAGUUGAAAUUUUCAGACCUUGCUCCACAAAUAAAAACUGAGAAUAAAGAGGUACCGGUAUACGACAAACACAUGACGUCACGGCAGGAACACCUACUGAAUUCUCCAGGUGGCUUCCAAUGCUUUGAGACUGAAGAUGAAAUUGUGAUUAAAUACCCGGGAAGAAGCCUUCGCAUGAACACCCAGCCAAUGGAGGAAGUCUUGAAGUGGUCGGUCAAUAGCCAAAAAGUGGAAAACGAGAAGAAACUUAUGCUGGAAUGUCCGGUACCCAUUCAACACGUAGAGCCCCAAACGUGGACAGUCAACAACCUACAGGUGGGAGUUCAGGGGGAACCCACGUUGAAAUAUUCGGAUAAACCUCCAGAACCACGUAACGAUCAGGUACUGAAGUGGACUGUCGACAACCAGCGAGUGGAAACCUUGAACGAACACAUGUUGAAACGAUCGCAGACGGAAACUCAGAAUGAAUACCGGUUGAAGUGCUUAGACUGCGGCCUGGUCUGUCAGUCGCUGUCGCAGUUCAUAAAACACAGGCGCAUCCAUAGAAUUAAGAAGACGAGACUGUCCAACUUUAAUGUCCCGUCGCCAUUGCCGGUUCCUAUGGCCGAGAAACCGAGCGAGCCCAGCAGCAUGUGCCGGGACCUUGUACUAAAAAACUUGGCCCUUAUCACAGCUACAAACUCGAACAGUGUCAAUGAUUUUACCAUGAGCGGGUAUGGAGGCAAGGUGGUGGUUGGUCAACAGGCCUUUCCACACGUAACCCCCAUAGCAGAUACAAUUAAUACACAAGUUGGAAGUGAAAUCGAAGUGAUACAACUUGAAUAGUUCUAUAUACUGAUAGCAAACAGGGUGACUAAGGAGAACAUUGGACAUUUAGGGCCUCUCCUUACAAUGGUCAUGAAGACACCUAAAGUCCAGUGUGAUAUCUCUAUGUUGGAGAGUGACGCUUCUUCCACUAUAAGUAAACCUAAUGUAAAUUCUUUGUAUAUAAAUAUCCUAUUAUACUGUUGGUGGUGGAA